GUUGAAGGUGGCAAUCUGAAUUCAAGGCCACUUCCAGGGUAGCAGUGCUGAAAUAUGUUGAUAUUGGAACGUAAUCCGCUUGGACUUUUAUCCAUAAAUACUGGAGUACUUUUGUUUGUAUUGAUACUAAGUGAUUGCAUGGUUUCUGGAAGUGAAUCUGACGAAUUGAUUUAUGGUGUUCCAACAGAACAUAUUGAUACAGAAAUAUUUCUGAAAUCCCAUUCUUCUUAUAAUAAAUAUACUGUUUCCCAGAAAAAUUUAAACGCAACUGUUUUGGCAUACGUGACACCUUGGAAUAUAUUAGGAUAUGAAGUGGCGAAAAUAUUCAGUGCUAAGUUUAACCUUAUUGCACCUGUAUGGUUUGAAGUUCAAGGAGAAAAGAAAGCAUAUACAGUUACUGGGAUCCCUGAAAUUAAUACUGUGUGGAUGACUGAAAUUCAUGCGAUGAAUCCUAACAUAAAGAUAGUUCCUCGAUUUUCAUUCAGUCCAUGGGAGAAUAAAGAUUACAUUGCAACUUUAACAGAUAUUUCCAAGGUCAACAAAUGCAUUCGAAAUAUAAUAAAUGUAUUAAAGAAAUAUAAUUUUGAUGGUGCAGUUAUUGAAAUUUGGGUACAAUUCUCUGGUUUAGAAAUGAAAAUGCUUACCAACUUCAUUAUUCAACUUGCUGACAGUUUACAUACAUCAGACAACAAAUUGCUUGUAUUAGUUAUCCCACCAGCUGUUUAUCAUGAUGGUAUUGAAGGAAGAUUUAAUCAAGAGAAUUUCAAUCAGUUAUCUGAUUAUGUGGAUUAUUUUAGUCUAAUGACCUACGAUUAUUCAUCACCUAGACUGGGUCCAAAUAGCCCAUUAAAUUGGGUAGAAGAGUGUAUAGAACGCUUAAUUCCUCAGACAUCUACAAAUCAAUUGAAACAACGUCAACAAAUUUUAGUUGGAUUAAAUUUCUACGGAACUGAUUAUCUUACUAAUAAAUUAACUAGUAAACCUGUUAUUGGCAGAGAGAUUGUUGAAGUAUUUCAAAGUCACCGACCAAAUUUUACCUGGCAUAAACAAUGGGCUGAACACAGUUUCACUUACAAGGAUAAUGAUGCUCAAGAUCAUUUGGUUUUCUAUCCAACUUUAUUAUCAAUAUCUCAGCGUCUUCAAACUAUUAUGUCAAAAAAUACAGGUGUUUCUAUCUGGGAAAUUGGACAAGGCUUGCAUAGCUUCUAUUCUCUUUUGUAAUGUGAACUCAUCAUCAAACAUGUUUAUUUUUAUGCAUCUUUUUAUCAAAAUAUAGUUUUUUGGGAAAUU